AAAUUGUUGAGUUGAGACUGCCAAAGGUCAGUUUGAAGAGACUCGCAGAAGUAUCCAGAGACGUUUUUCGCGUGAACAAUAGUAUAUCUACAGUCGAUACAGACAAGGAAACAGCUAUAAAGUUUAGUCAUUCAAUCGAUACAUGGAAAACAUUGAAAGGCGCGUAUAUGGUCUUGUCGACAAUGUGGGCAAUCUCAAGAAAGAAGUUUUUAAUGUCAAAUUUAAAACCGAUUUGAAUAACUCGGUACCUGAAAUACAGAAAAUGUAUGAAUUGUUAGACGAGCAAUCGUCAGAGAUUAAAGAAUUGCUUAAAGAAAUCGUUCAAGGAGAGAAAAAAUUCAAUGCAAGAAUUGACGAAUUGACUACAAGCAAUAACGAAUUGAAGGCAGAAAAUAAGGAAAUUAGGCAAAAUGUAAAAGAUAUCCAAAGGCAAUAUAACGAAUUGAAGGCAGACAAUGACCAAUUGAAGGCAGAGAAUAACAAACUUACGCAAAGAUUAGAAAAUAUGCAAAAGCAAAUUAACGACUUGAGUGCAGACAAUGAAAAAUUAAACGCGAAAAUUAACCUAACGUUGGCAGGCAAUGAAAAAAUCAAGCGAGAACAAUUUAUUCAAACUUUUUAAAGCAGAUUUUAGACACCAAACCUAUGUUACUUAACUUCUAAAAAGCACUUGAUAUCCGUCUAUAGCAUCAUUUACGAUGUAAUGUUUUUACAAAUAUGUCUAGUUAUGCUGGUAAUUGUAAUUUUACUCGUAGAUAUAAACAUUGCUUAGUUUAAUAACUUCAUUUACACUUGUAAUAAUUUGUAUAAAAAUAAAUUAAGGAAUAGCUAUACACAGUA